AUGGGAAUGCAAAGUAUUCAAGUCUUGUUCAAUACUUCUGAAGUGAUUUAUGUUUUAAUCUUCAUUGGAUCCAUUUUCACUAUUAUCUGGCACAUCUUACGUGUUGCUAGACACCAACUUGUUAAUGAUGCCGACAAACGAGACACCAUGAUUGCUUUGGUGACUCAAAACCAUUUGGAACUAAUUCUUAACAAGAAGUUUCGCGAUAUCAAUUUUAAAGAUAUCAAUUUUAAUUUAGAAAACAUAGGAGCGACUACAGAUGCUAUUUCUGAGCAACUCUAUGAUAUGAAAACGGAUUUGGAUAAGAAGAAUACUCAGAAAUAUGAUGAAAUCAAAACGUAUCUGACCAAAAAGUUCAACGAAGUUAAUGCUGAGAACCAUGAAAACAUGCUAGCAUUAUACGAUAAGCUUCUUGAAAUCGAAGGGCGUGUUUGGACAGUAAAUAAUGAGCAAUAUGAUAAUUUUAUAGCAAAUGUAGCUCGCUUUAGUGAACAACUUAAUAGGCAUACUAGAUCAAAUGAUGAGAUCCUUACCAUCCGUGAAAAACUUGACCACCUUGAAGAAUAUUUGAGAAUCCUAGCCCCGCAUAUUCUAAAUAUCACUCCCGUAUCUGGCUCUAAUGAUUCGUCCUCUUUUACAAGCUCAAGCGAAGAAGAUAAUUUGGAUGACAUCUUCAUAUCUCAAGAUCUAAAUCUCAU